UUUCUGUAAUAAAUGGCCAGAAAAAAUUAUACUGUGCUCACUGAGUUCAUCCUGUUGGGUUUAGCAGACUCACUGGAGUUACAGAUUACCCUAUUUUGCCUUUUUUCUGUGAUUUAUACACUUACAGUUGUGGGGAAUGUAGGAAUGAUUCUCUUAAUCAGAAUUGAUUCCCAGCUUCAUACACCCAUGUAUUUCUUCCUGGCUAACCUGUCCUUUGUGGAUGUUUGUUAUUCAUCCACCACCACCCCAAAGAUGCUGGUAGAUCUAUUAUCAGAGAAGAAGUCCAUCUCCUUUGCUGGCUGCUUUCUGCAGAUGUAUUUCUUUAUAGCCUUGGCCACAACUGAAUGCAUCCUUUUUGGGUUAAUGGCCCAUGACCGCUAUGUGGCCAUAUGCAACCCUCUCCUUCACUCCUUGAUCAUGUCCAGGACCGUCUGCCUGAAAAUGGCAGCAGGGGCUUUUACAGCAGGACUGUUGAACUCUGUGAUUCACACAGGUUAUGUGAGCAGCUUGCAAUUCUGCACUUCCAAUGUCAUCCAUCACUUCUUCUGUGACAGUCCCCCACUUUUUAAGCUCUCCUGCUCUGACACACGCCUGCAUGAAAGCAUCUUGUCCGCAUUCGCUGGUGUGAAUAUGGUUGGGGCUCUGCUGGUGAUCCUCACCUCCUACUGCUACAUUCUCUUCUCCAUCUUCCGCAUGCACGCAGGGGAGGGGAGGCGCAAAGCCUUCUCCACGUGUGCGUCUCACCUGACAGCCAUCAUGCUGUUCUAUUCCACCUCCAUCUACACUUAUCUCAGACCUUCCUCCAGCUACUCCCUGACUCAGGACAAAGUGGCUUCCGUGUUCUACACAGUGGUCAUCCCCAUGUUGAAUCCUCUGAUCUACAGCCUCAGGAACAGGGAAGUGAAGAAGGCUUUAUGGAAUGUGAUUACUAUGAAACGGAUUCCUUCAUUUCUGUGA